CGUCACAAGAUGGCUGCGGCCAUGCUAGGCCGCGGGGCCGUGUGUGCGCAGCCGGCGGUGGCGGUGGUGCUACCCCGGCGGCAGGCGCGUCGGCAGCGCUAGCCCGGCCCGAGGCCCCAUUUCGCGGUCGUCACCUCCGCCUCUCCCCGCCUAGCCCGGUAUGGAUCUGCCCGUGGGCCCCGGCGCGGCGGGGCCCAGCAACGUCCCGGCCUUCCUGACCAAGCUGUGGACCCUCGUGAGCGACCCGGACACCGACGCUCUUAUCUGCUGGAGCCCGAGCGGGAACAGCUUCCACGUGUUUGACCAGGGCCAGUUUGCCAAGGAGGUGCUGCCCAAGUACUUCAAGCACAACAACAUGGCCAGCUUCGUGCGGCAGCUCAACAUGUACGGCUUCCGGAAGGUGGUCCACAUUGAGCAGGGUGGCUUGGUCAAGCCAGAGAGGGACGACACUGAGUUCCAGCACCCAUGCUUCCUGCGUGGCCAGGAGCAGCUCCUUGAGAACAUCAAGAGGAAAGUGACCAGUGUAUCCACGCUGAAGAAUGAGGACAUAAAGAUUCGCCAGGACAGCGUCACCAAGCUGCUCACGGAUGUGCAGCUCAUGAAGGGGAAGCAAGAGAGCAUGGACUCCAAACUCCUGGCCAUGAAGCACGAGAACGAGGCCCUGUGGCGGGAGGUGGCCAGCCUGCGGCAGAAGCACGCCCAGCAGCAGAAGGUCGUCAACAAGCUCAUCCAGUUCCUCAUCUCACUGGUGCAGUCGAACCGGAUCCUGGGGGUGAAGAGGAAAAUCCCCCUGAUGCUGAACGACAGCAGUUCGGCACAUUCCAUGCCCAAGUAUGGCCGGCAGUACUCCCUGGAGCACAUCCACGGCUCGGGCCCCUACUCGGCUCCCUCCCCGGCCUACAGCAGCUCCAGCCUCUACUCCCCAGACGCCGUGGCCAGCUCCGGACCCAUCAUCUCCGACAUCACCGAACUGGCCCCCAGCAGUCCCUUGGCCUCCCCGGGAGGAAGCGUAGACGAGAGGCCCCUCUCCGGCAGCCCCCUGGUACGCGUCAAGGAGGAGCCCCCCAGCCCUCCUCGGAGCCCUCGGGUGGAGGAGGCCAGUCCUGGACACCCGUCCUCUGUCGUGGAGAUACCCCUGUCCCCAACCGCCCUCAUUGACUCCAUCCUGCGGGAAAGCGAGCCUGCCCCCACCACCCCGGCCACACCCCUCACGGAUGCAGGGGGCCGCCACCCCUCACCCUCGCCCCCACCUGCCUCGGCCCCUGAGAAGUGCCUCAGCGUAGCCUGCCUGGACAAUUUGGCUCGCGCUCCACAGAUGUCUGGGGUCGCCCGCCUCUUCCCCUGCCCCUCCUCUCUGCAUGGCCGAGUCCAGCCAGGGACUGAACUCAGUGACCACUUGGACGCCAUGGACUCCAACCUGGACAACCUGCAGACCAUGCUGACAAGCCACGGCUUCAGCGUGGACACGAGCGCCCUGCUGGAUCUGUUCAGCCCCUCGGUGACCGUGCCCGACAUGAGCCUGCCUGACCUUGACAGCAGCCUGGCCAGCCAGAUCCAGGAGCUCCUCUCUCCCCAGGAGCCGCCCAGGCCCCUUGAGGCAGAGAACAGCACCCCUGACUCAGGGAAGCAGCUGGUGCAUUACACGGCGCAACCCCUGUUCUUGGUGGACCCGGGCUCCGUGGACAUGGGAAGCAGCGACCUGCCCGUGCUCUUCGAGCUGGGGGAGGGGUCCUACUUCUCGGAGGGGGACGACUACACAGAUGACCCCACCAUCUCCCUGCUGACGGGCUCUGAGCCCCCCAAAGCCAAGGACCCCACUGUCUCCUAGAGGCCCCAGGAGGAAGGCUGGCUGAGGGGCUAGGUGUGGACCCCGGUCGGCAGUGAGGGCCUCAGCCCUGCGUGCCACGGCUUGCUUGAGGUGUUACAGCCUCACUGGGACUGACCAGCACUGCGGGUGCUCAGUCAGGAUUGUAUUUUGGAUUUUUACAUGAGUCCCCCUCACCCCUUCGGUAGAGAUACACACACAAAGACAGACGGACGGACGAGACUGGCAGAGACCUAUAAACGACAGACUCUACACUGU